GAUGGCUUGGUGAAAGUUCAGGUGGCUUUGGGGAACAUUGCAAGCAAAAGAGAGAGGAUUAAAAUUUUGUAUAAGAAAAUUGAAGAUUUAAUAAAAUAUCUGGCUCCUCAGUACAUUGAUCGAAUGGCUGUUCCCGAUGCCAUGAAACUGCAGUUCAUUUUAGCAGAGGAGCAGUUUAUUCUUUCCCAAGUCGCCCUUCUGGACCAGGUGAACAACCUCCAGCCGUUCUUGGACAGUGCACACAUCAAAGCUGCUCCUGACCAUGCUGCCAAACUGCAGCGACUUGCUCAAAUCCACAUCCAGCAGCAGGCAGUCACAGAGUUUAUUACAAGCAACAAGUCCAAGGUGCCACCGCUGAGUCAGUCGAAAUGUCAGACGUAUGAACUUGGCAGAACAGAGGGGUAUUGCUGGAGACCAUCGUUCUUUUCUUUUGCAAACCUUCCAGCUACUGUUUCACAGUGAGGACAAAGAGGUGUUCUUACACCUGGAAAAGACUAUAAAAGGCUGAUGCCUCAUCUCCAUCUUGUCUUCAAUCCUGCUUCUUACCUCUGGAGGGACUUUGCUACAAACUGAAGCUCUGAACAAAGGACUGAGGACCCAUCCCAGCUGUGGAUAUACUCCAGAGACUUGAUUUGAACCUGCAGUUUAUUCUAUCACUGCUACAAGCCUGAACCAAGAACUUUGCCAUUACUGUAUGUAAUUGAUUCCAUUUAACCAAUUCUAGCUCUCAUCUCUAUCUUUUUCCUUUUAUGAAUAAACCUUUAGAUUUUAGAUUCUGA